UCGCACAUUUUGCAAUACAUCAAUCAGUAUCAAUUCCCAGUUUAUUCAAUAAACAUGCCAGACAUUAGACCGCUGCCGGAGGAGUUGCAAAAAAUUGCAAUCAAUGAAUUGGGAGAAGUUCCGGAAAGAAUUGCCGAGGAUUUAGAUGCUCUCAAGGAAUGGAUAUUGCAACAGCCACACUUGAAGGCCUGCAUGGAAGAUCAAUUUCUGGUGCAAUUUCUUCGUGGCAGUAAAUUCAGUUUUGAAAAGGCCAAGAAAAAACUGAAUAACUUUUAUGGGAUUUCUACGAAAUGCCUACAUCUGCGACGUGUGGAUGAUGUAGAUGAUCUGACAUUUCGUAAAAUCCACAGAACUCGAUGCUUAUCUAUCCUGCCGACACCACUGCACGGAAACGGUCCGCGCAUAGUAAUUGAGCAAAACAAUUUUGGACCCAACGAUUUUUCAAGCAUCGAUGUUUCUCGUUACGUUUGGACAAUAGCUGAAAUUCUGUUACAGAGCGAUCCAUAUGCCUGCAUUCAGGGUUUGGUGAUUGUCACCGAUCUGUCCAAGGUUAGCCUACAACAUUUGCCAAUGCUUUCGCCAAAAAUGAUACUGGAAGUAAUGCAGUUCUGUGAAAAGGCAUAUCCGCUGCGCAUCAAAAUGGCCUUCUUUUUAAAUGGUCCACCUUUCGUACAGACGCUACUCAAUUUGAUAUUAUCAUGCGCACCGGAAAAGUUUCGAAAGCGGAUACACAUAUCUGAUAGCGACAAUUUCGAUAAAUUCGGCGAUAUUUUUCCGAAAAAAUAUUUGCCACAAGAUUAUGGCGGCGAAAAUUCGUCAGUGGAAAAUAUUUGCCUUGAAUAUGAAAAAGUCAUCGAUGAUCAUCGAGAGUAUUUCAAGCGCAACGCUGAGUGUGGAUCUGAUGAAAAAUUGAGAAUGGAAGAAGGAGACUAUACGGAAAAAAGUGAAUUUGGUAUUGGAGGAUCGUUUAGAAAAAUGAAUGUUGAUUAAAUCAGAGUCAAGAAGUUGCGAACUUUAGCUUUAUGAUAAUUGCGGAAUUUUAUGGAUAAUAUGGAUAUGAAAAUACAUUAUUAAACGAGUAAAGAAAGUCCUAAAGUCGGGGAGGGCCGACUUUAUGAUACCCUA